AUGAGCGGUGUCGACACGCACCCACUCGAAGGAGAUGUGCAUAACACGAGCACUGGGAAUGUUGUGAAGAGAAAAAAGGUUACUGUCGCACAGCAGCAACAGAGUAAACAACAGCGGCCGCAGAAGAGGAAGCAACAGGAGCAUAAUGGAAAAGGCCUUCCACACGAUGGCCCCGUUGGGGCACUCACAUCGAGGGACGUGAACGGGCAAGGAAGCAAGGCUCUGCUGUCGUCUAGUGGAAAGCAGCAGCGGCCCCACGGCACUGACGAAAACGGCGUUGGAGAGUUGCCGCCGGAUCUUCAGGACGGGAGAGGUGGGAAUCACAGCGCCCCACCACGCCCCAAUCCAUUCAAUCUGCUCUGCGCCGAGACCGUGAUGUCUAUUGGCUCCCUGAUGUCCUCCGAAGAGGGUGAAAGGAAGAACAACGGCGAGGUUUCAGGCCACGCCUCAAUACACGUUGUGGCUGGCAGUGAAAAGGGCUCGAAGAAGUGUCUGCCCUUGAAGAUUUCGUCGCCGCCUUGCCUCUCACCGAAGCAAACUCCGUGCCCCGGGGAGUUUCAGCCACACACAGAGCGGGAGCAGGGGAAACAGUCACACCGUCAGAAGGAGAAAGAGCCACCGCCAGAAGAUGAGAUGAGUGUUUUCCGUGGCCUGGCUGCGCUUGACGGUAACACCAACAGCGUUGACUACGAGGGGUGGGUGGAUGAGUCCGUCAUGGUGUGUCCGUUUCGGUUGAUGGGCAGCUGUGUCAAGGGGCACCACACGCAGCGGGAACUGCUGUCGAACUACACCAUUCACUCGCACCUGAUGUCAUUAGCAGGCCUGGUGCAUGAGCUCCGCACUGAGCAGCGUAUUUCUCAGAAGGAGUGCCAGCAGUUGCAUAUUAAAUUGGAGGCUCAAAACGCAGUCAUUGGGCGGUUAGAAAAGUCUCUUGCAGCAAGCAGCGCUGCUUCUGGUUCCGCAGCUCCUGGAACACCAUCGCCCCCCGCCAAUCUGUCAUCGACGGUGGUGGGCGAGGCACCCACAAAGAGUGGCGACGUUCACCCCACAGAUGGCGCCCUGUCGUCGAGAUCCAUAUUGAAAACAGCAGUGGGAGGCCUGACGCCAGUGGCGGCGGACCUGCAAGGCAACGAUCCAGGCACGGAUGGCACCUCUUACGCGCAGCGCUUGCGUCACCGCACGUCCUUCGCGACACUGGCCUUUAUAGAAGGUGAAACGAAAGCGAAAUCAACGCCAACAGCGAUAGCCGUAACGAUCAAGGCAGGCGGAGGCGCCUGUGAAAGCACCAGCAGAGGCACAGGUGACGAACGCCACGUGGUUGCGAAACACUUAGCGGAAGAAGUACUUACGCCGGUAGACCUGACUCGCGGGGUACUCGAUUCUUCGCAAGGGAAUGCGUCGCGAACCUCCAGGCGUCCUUCGGAAGGCCAUCAUCGUCAUCAUCAUCAGCAGCAGCAGAAACAGAAGCAGAAUCAGCAACAGGGCCAGGAGCAGGAGUAUGGGUCGCCGAAACACCGUGAAGAAAGCAGGAACACACAGAAGGUGCGAUGCGAGGGAGCGACAGAAGUGGUAGACUAUUCACACGUUGACAUCGUCAGCCCCAUUGCCUCCGCCGAGGGCUCUCAAGACGACGAUGUGUCGUCAAACGAAGACGUUAUGCUGAUGGUGACCUCUCGCGCACACCCGUCGGGUGAUGCGGCGCUGCUUCCUGCGCUGGGCGAGCGGCGUACUGGGAGUUCGAGGACGGUACUCCCGCAACGCCCCAAGGAUCGGUCGAACGUGUCCGUCGAGACCAGCCCACAGGAAACGCUCCGUCGGAGGUUCCACAGCAUGGGAUCAAACAUUGCCAAAACUGGAGACAUCAUUACGGUGGCACAGCUGGGGAAGCAGUGGCAACAGAGGAAGCCAUCAACGCAGCGUGGCAGCACGGCGUGGGAGGAGACGCAUGCUGGUGGGGAGGGCGGUGGGGGUGGGGCGAAGGGCGUUGUCCCACGCCCAACCCCCCCGCAAAUGAAACGCGGAACAUCGUUGAGGCGCGAAAGUAGCCGCCAUGAUGCGAAGCAGCCCAGCGGCUCCCGCCAGGGCGGAUGCAAGAGUUAG